AUGGUGAUCGUCCGAAGACCGGGGAUCGUGCUGUGGGCCCUGCUGGGGCUGCUGGCACUGCUCAGGCCCAGCCUGUCGUUCCUGACCCCGCUGGGGCGCCGCGCCGCGCUGAGCGCGGCCCUGGCGCCGCUGGCGAUGAGCAGCGCGGCCAUGGCGGAGGAGGAAGCGCCCAAGAAGAAGAAGGAACGACCGCCCGAGGCCCUGAUGGCGGAAGGCUAUCCCUCCAAGGCCGUGCCCUUGAACGGUCGAUGGUCGAUUGUCUUCGGAAAGAAGCUGAACGGCAAGCCAGUGUAUAAGAAGGACGGAGAAAAGAUGUUUCUCAUGAGCAACGAGUGCGGCCAGUUCCAGAUUGACUCCGUGGCCAAGGCUUCUUGCGAUGGCUUUGGCGUGAAGAAGGACUUGGGCCAAUGGGAGCAGUGUCCAGCUUGA